AUGGACAUGAAUCACAUCUUGACAGACCUGCCCAAGGAAAUGCAUGCUAUGCAUAUCAAAGGAGAAAGAGCAAAACGCGAAUUGGCUGAAUUGGAAAAUAAGGAAAGAUAUGCUGUAAGAAAGUUGAUGGAGGCAACAUUACAUAAGAAAAAAGAAAAUGAGGCUAUAUUGAAAGCUGCUCAAGAAAGUUUGGAUUGCUUGAUACAGAAACUUAAUGAACGUAAGGCUAAAAGUGAAGUUUUAAUGAAGAAAAUUAAUCAAAAACGUAGUAACUCGCUUAUGAUGGACAUACAAGAUACAGAAGCUGCUCAAAACCAUGCGGAAAUCACAAAGCGAAUGAUGGAAAAGAUACAAGAACAAGCUGAAAUCGUAGAAAAGCAAACAACUAUACUAAAACGUUCACGUGGAUCCAAGGACUCGUCAAAAUACUUUCGUUCUAAGAUCAACAAUUUAAAGUCAGAAAUUUCUGAUAAACAACGUGAACUGGAUUAUGUGUUGAAUGUGUACACAGGUCUAGAAAAAACAUACCAAGAGAUAAAUCAGAAGAACGCCAGUAAGUUAUUGGUGUGCAAGGAAAUGGAUGAAAAAGCUGCUAAAAUGCAGUCUGGCGUUGAUUCAUUAAACAACGAUAUCAAAAAAUUGACAUCUGAAUAAUGUAUAUAAGCUGGAAAAAGGAUUUUUCAAAUUUUAAUUUUAUUUUCAACAAUUUUAUAUGGUAGUUCCCCUAUUUUUUUUUAUUGUUAUUCUUUAGAUACGAUUUAAAAAUUGUGCGUGUUUGAAAGUGUAUUCGUAUAUAUCUUCAAGUUGAACAUUUCUUCAUAAACUAUACUUAUAUGUUAUAUUUAUCUUCCAAACGAGGAAUUAAAUUAUAUUCUGGAACUGCCUAUCAACCAAGGUAUUACUUGUGUUUCUUAAGUCUAAAUAUAAACUGUCAUACAUUCAUA